AUGGCGGGGAAGCUGACUAUACCAGACCUAUUCGAGUGGCAUGCGACGGAGAAUCCAGACUACCCACUUUACCGCUUCCACGACGGAGUCAGGGUUACUACCAUCACCUACGCUCAGGCUAUCAAAGGCAUCCGGCGUGCAGCUCGAUACGUCAAAGCUCGCGUCACGAUGCCGCAGGUCGUCGCGGUGAUUGCGAAUGUAGAUACGAUUACCUGCAGCAUCAAUCAGCUGGGCAUCAUGCGCGCGGGAUACCCUGUGUUCCCGAUUUCCCCGCGCAACGUCCCAGCCGCCGUCGCCGACAUGCUGCGUAAGACGGAGUGUCGGCACAUCCUCAUCUCUUCAGACGCCCCUAUCCAGGAACUGGCACGGGCAGCAUCGGAAGAGAUCGAUGGAGUGUGUUUGCACGAAAUGCCGGUGUUCGAGCAGCUGUUCCCCACGGAUGCAUUCGAGGAAGAGCUCCACGCUGACGAUCUCCCUGCGUCGUUUGACAUGAAGGGCGUUUGCGUCAUUCUGCACUCUUCUGGCGAUUAUAAUUGCCUUUCGCCAGGUUCUACCAACCAUCCAAAGCCGAUCCGCCGGACACACAAGAAGAUGAUGUCCUGGUCCAGUUCACCCUGGUAUGGCGACCUGGACCUCACACAAGGGUCUCUGAGCGUCCACGGUAUUCCCAUGUUCCAUAGCAUGGGGGCUUUCACGUAUUGCGUGGCGGCCACCAACGGUAUGCCGCUGGGCGUGUUUCUACCCAAGUCACCUCCUACCUUCCCCACACCUGAGAAUGUCUUCGAGGGCAUCGUCAAAACUUCGUCGGAUUACGUCAUGUCUGCCCCUGCCAUGAUCGAGUUCUGGGCGCGCGAACCAGCAAAGGUGCAGCAUAUGAAGACCAUGAAAGGUCUGAUGUUCGGCGGGGCACCACUGGACCAAGGGGUCGGAGACACCUUAGCUUCGCACGGGAUCAAUCUCUACUCGGUCUAUGGCAGUACCGAAACCGGUCUCAUAGCUAGAAUCUUCCCGGGUAAGUCAUUCACCAAUCCCGGAAUGGACUGGGCAUAUUUCCAGCUCAAUCCCAUAAACAACAACAAGCUUGUCGAUGCUGGCGGAGGCCGUUUCGAGCUGAUCAUCAUCUCAGACCCGGAAAUCCCGCUCCCCAUCGUGAAUAUUCAGGUCGAAGGGAAAGAUGCAUACGCUACCAGUGACAUACUCGAGCCGCACCCUACUCGUUCGGGGUGGUACAAGUACUAUGGACGCGUGGAUGAUCAGAUCGUCUUAUCGAACGGCGAGAAGACGAACCCUGGCCCGUUGGAGAAGAUCAUCAGCGAGGACCCACAUAUUCAAGGCUGUAUCAUCUUCGGACAGGGGAAGUUUCAAAACGGAGUGCUCGUUGAGCCCACACCGGAGUACAGGUUCGAUCCGCGGGACCUGAGCAAACUUGAAGAGUAUAGGAACAGAAUAUGGGAGUCCGUUGAACGCGCUAACGCAUUCGCGCCUUCACACUCGCGGCUGUUCAAGGAGAUGAUCAUGGUCACGUCUCCCGAGAAGCCCUUUCCAUACAACAUCAAGGGGUACCCUCGCAGAAAAUGGAUUCUGGAGGACUACAAGGACAAGAUUGCAGCUAUAUAUGCCAUGGUCGAAGAGACUGCCCAAAGCGACGUCGCUGCACCUACAGCAUGGGAUCACGACAACACUCGCGGCUUCUUACGAGCUGUUGUCGAGAGAGUCCUCAAGAAGUCUAUUGCUGACGACGCCGAUUUUUUCAGGAACGGCUGCGAUAGGCACGCCUCUUCUGCAACCCUCACUGAAUCCACCUGGAUCCGGAACACUCUCCUUCGCGCAGUGCGCGAGUCCUCCCCUGCCUUAACUAGUCUGUUUCCCAUCAACAUCGUCUACCAAUCGCCUACCAUCUCAGCAUUGACCGAAGCUGUCUUGCGUACGCUUCACAGUACGGGCGCUGCUUACACUGCCAACACCGCUGACGACCUCGUGCGUGUGGCCGAGAAGUACUCGUCCGAACUGCCUGCGCGGCCUACACGACUCCGGCCUCGUGAGAGUUCUCAGGAAGUCGUCCUCAUCACAGGCACUACAGGAGGCUUUGGAUGCGAUGUUCUUGAGCACUUGCUACGCGACGAGCGCGUGGAGAGGGUAUAUGCGUUUAAUAGACCAGGUUCGCAACCCCUAGAGAGACAGCUGAACCGCUUUCGGGAGAGGGCUCUGGACGAGUCGCUUCUGUCCACCUCGAAGUUCAGGAUGGUCGAGGUAGCUUUGGAUGUGCCAGGGUUCGGCAUCGGAGCCGAGUUGUUGGGCGAGAUCCGAGAUUCUAUCACGCAUAUAAUGCACAAUGCUUGGACGGUCAAUUUCAAUAUGGCCUUGUCGUCAUUCGAACCCGAUUUGAAGGCUGUGCGGAACCUCGUCGAGCUCGCCUUGAGUUCACCAUAUAAUUCCCCACCAAGGAUCCAAUUCACCAGUUCUGUUGGUGUCUUCAGGUACUGCGACAUCCCACCUCCGAUACCUGAAGUACCGCUUGGUCCUUCCUCGGCGCUCGGCUCCGGGUAUACCGAGUCCAAGUGGAUUGCAGAGCAAGUUCUCUACAACGUCGCAAAGCGCGCCGGCGUGCCAGUCGGCGUUGUGCGUUUGGGACAGAUCGGUGGUAACAAGACCGGUCAUUGGAACGAACGCGAGUGGCUUCCAUCCCUCAUCAAGUCAGCUAGCCUCAUGUCAUUGAUACCUACUGUGGAAGGGGUGACCGCGUUCUUGCUCAGCUACCCCGCAGCACGCGCCUUCCUUGAAAUGCGCUCCUCGCCUGAGCCGAUCCUGCAUCUUGUCCAUCCUCGUCCCGUUUCCCUGAAAUCCCUCCUCGCACCCAUCGCAAAAGAGCUCAAGGCGACCUUUGUAUCAUACGCGGACUGGCUUGACGCGCUCGAGGCGAUCGCCGAGCGCAACCCCGAGGCGGCACAACAGAAUCCCGCGGUGCGCCUGCUGAGCUACUUCCGCGCAACCGCACCGACGAAUUCGAGGACAUCCCUUGGGCUGUACCAGCUGAGUACGGUGAAGGCGGUCGCUGCAUCGGAAACGCUGGCGAACAUGCCAGAGCUUGGGGAGGCAGACGCCAUACGAUGGGUCGCAGCUUGGCGUGCAUCAGGAUUCUUGCCCCUGUCGGUUUGA